AUGCGUAAUUUCAAGAAAGGCCAAAUCAAGGAGGCACUCAAUCCAGUGACGCUAGACCUGUUGGCCAGCGCAGCAGGCGAGUAUCCCCGGUGUCACUUUUCUAUGCUCACACUGAUCUGUCCUCUAGGCAUUGAUAUUGAGUCACUGAACGACUACCAGCCAGGUCCUGGGAAUGCCCGAAAGGUAUUUCAGUGGAUAUAUAGCCGAAGAGCCUCCCGGCCGGAGGAUAUUGCAUACCUCUUGGGUUUGUUGAGCGUGCAGAUCCCCAUAGUGCAUGGCGAGGGACGGAGCCGAGCAUUCUACCGCCUACAGCUUGAGUGUUCCACGCAGACAGACGACAGGGAUCUGUUCAUAUGGGGAAGUAGACGGCGGUCUCAAUGGAACGCCAUGUUUGCUGAAGGUCCUGCAGCCUUUGUCAAACAACAAGGGGGCGGGGCAUCUUCAACCCGAGAGAGAAAGCCUUCAUGUUCAAAGACUGUUCCAUCGGAAGGGCAGCGGGGAUCCUUCAUUCACUUUCACCAAUCACGGCCUUCGCAUAUCCCUAGUAUCUCAUUGAUCAACUCCCAAGCGGGCCAGAGCCUAUUUCAAUGGGAUAGCUACCUCGAUGUGCCUCAGGGUGUCAUAUACGACAAGUGGAGGGUUGGGACCCUAGGAACAAUUGAAAGUCCUCUUGCGCCCAGGGCGCCGAAGAAGACACUGAAGAUGAUGAUGAUGAUGAAGGAUAUGACGAAUAUGGUGGAUGAGACAAUUCUGUUGCGAAGGGACCACAGCAGACAAUACCUUCCUUUGCGAUCCUCUUGCAAAAAGCUUCGAGUUCAUCCUCGAGAUGUUAGUCCCUACCUGCCAAAAUUGGCUCCCACGGUUGGACCAAACCUGGCCCAAACCUACUCCAAACCGACAGUUUGGUCUGCUGUACCAGGGGGUUUGCGAGUGGGUUAG